AGCAAUAUUCCACGCUAAUGUAAAUUGUUGGAAUUUGUUACUGGUAUUGUAAAAAAUUACUUCUAUUGUUUUUAUUUCUUGAAAAAUAUAGGUGUGUGGUAUCACAUGCAGAGUAAAUCAUUAAAAGGUUUUUUUAUAGCAGUAUUUUUUAAUUGAAUAGAACAUUACAUGAUUACGGCGAACAGUAAAGGUAUAUUAUAAAAAAAUUAUCAUGAUUCCACUAAAAGGGGAGGGAUCAAAAAGUAUAUCUAAGCCUGUUGGUUUCAUUAAGGCUGCAAAUUUGCCCAGGAAACAAUGGAUUAAAUAAAGUUACAGAAGUAACCACAUUGGGAUUAUUACUCAUCUUACUUAUCCUUCUAUGUUUUGGAUUUUCCUGGCUUUCUCAUGAACCCUUACUAUAUUCUCUUUGUAGGUCAGAAUUAUCACCCUAACAUACUAAAUUUACAUUUCCACUUCGAAUAUCACAACGAAUAUCAUGAAUAUUUUUCCAUAUAAUCUAAUAUAAUAACUUAGAUAAGAAAAAAAUCCUAGAAGAGAAAGAAAACCAUAUAAAUGAAGGAAUCAUUAAUGACAUAGUGCAGCUUGUACAUAAUACAGAAAACGAAUUCACCUACGGGUUUAGUAUAUGACUUGGAGCUGUAGAAGUUUAUAUGAAAAGCCUUGAUUCAUUUAAACUAUACCUGUCUUUUUAGGACUAUCCGAGAGGACACAAAAGAAGAAUCAAUAAAUAUAUAUCUGAAUUAAUUAAUAUACAAUGUGAAAGAUAUGAUCAUUGGUUAUCUUAUCCCAUUUGUACGUAAUCAAAGUAUUGUAUAACAAUUUUUCUGUGAAGAUCCAGAAACCCUUACCACCCUCUAUACAUUUACUCUUUAUGCCAGAAUUGCUACUGUAUCCAAAUUUAUGACUUAAAUUCAACUUCAAUGUACAAAAGUCAACCAAGGACAAUUAAGGAGAAAAUUAAUACAAAAAUAUAUUAAUUAAUCAGCAAGUAAUUCGCUAAUAAACAAUAUUCAACAACAAAGAGAACACACGUACUCUUUAUAUUCUCAGUACAUAUGAAGAAAUUAAUUCGAAUAGCCCUGAGAAUUGAGGAUAUAAUGGGCUUUUUAGGAUUAACCAGGAAGGCCCCAAAAGAAUUCGUUAAUAUAUUUCUGGAGCGAGAUACAAUAUAGUUUUUAAAAAAUUUAAUUUUAUAUUAGUUUUGGCUAAAAAUCUACUUCACCCUUUAUAUGAAGUCCAAGCAGAAUGCCUUGAAAUGAUUUUGACAUUUGAAAAAUAUUUAUCAGUACACUUGUUCUAGUGAAUAUACUAGCGCUAAAGGAGAUUUACGUUUUCAUAUAUGUAUGCAAAAAUUCAGAUUGAAAGUUUCAUUAGUCACACUACUUAAAGGGACAAUAUAUAAUUAAUGACAAAUAUAUACAUAAUUACAAUAAAACUGCUGAUUGAUCUGCAUAGUAACAAAAUAGUUUAAUAAUCUAGUUUACUGCAUAUAUUGUUUCAUCAAAAGAAAUUUUGUUCACUACAUUUGACAAUGACUUCUAAUCAUUUUAGGUCAUUAUGGUAAAGCUCUUGAACUGAAUAAACGCCUUUAGAUCCGGAAAUAACAUAGCAUAAAACCAGGAAGGUGGGUAGACAGACGUUUAGCGAUAACAUUUUGUACUAUUUCAAACUUUAUGCGAUAAGUGUAUUUGAUGGGCGAUAGAAUCUUUCAAAAAUGGUUGCAUAUUUAGAAAAUUGCUUUGGUUUGAUAUUUCUGGAGUGCUUCUUGUCAUUAAAGGAAGUCAUUUUCGUAUUAAGGUUAUAAAAAACUGCUAUCGCACGUAAAAUAUUAGUAUGUUUUGUAAUAAUUUUUAUUAUGAGAGAUAUUCAUCGUUGGAUAUGUAUAAAGCGUUCCGUCUAUCUCACGGUGAUCAUAAUAUUAUGGGCAAAUUCCUAGAAAUCGCCUAGCAAAUAUUUAUCGAUCAUUUUACGACGGUGGCUACUGCAAAGUUACUGUUAGUUUUACAAAAAUAUUUAAUUUAAUUUUUUUAUAGGAUUGUAUCAUUUUUCCAUAUCUUUUUAAGAAAAAAAUUAACUGUAAUAAUAUUUGUGGUUUAUAUUAAAUUCCAGUGUAGGAUUACAACGUAACUCUAGAACAUAGUUCUCACCAUAAAACCUCUCAUAAAUCAAACAUGCUUUGGUAAGGCGACCCGCAUUCCCUGAUAAUUUUAUAAUAGAGCCCAUUUAUACGUGUUUUUUUUCUUAUUUCGAAAGUUGAACGACUCUGUCGUAAAGCGAUUUAUUGCCUCCGAAGAAUUUGUUUACGAUUAGCUUUAACAGACCGUCUCUUUCUGUUUUGUCUACAUCCGAUCACCUAAUUCGAGAUAAACACUGAUGGAAUGGAUAUUAAACGGGGCGGAAAUGGGUGUCGAUAUAUUGAAACAUGCUGUUGUAUGAGACAAAUGAGCAAUCGUACUCGAGUUGCUCUUUGACUUCAAUUAAUUCAUUCAGGUUUAGCUUGGCUUGUAGUCCAAAUUGAGAUAAUUAAGGCAGGACUUUUUUAUUUUAUUGCAUUAAUGUUGUAUGACUAUUUUAUUUCUAAGAAACCUUUGGUAUUUGAUGAUUAAUAUGUUCUGUUUUCAGAUUUUUUCCUUCAUCAUAUUAAUUGUAGGACUGUAAUUAUUUUUAUGUUCUCUAUUAGAACUAAGUUAAAACUAGAAAGAAUAAUAGAUUAUUGACUUUUUCUGUACCAUUUUAUUCAUAUGAAAAUUCAUUUGAAUUCGCAAUAAAAUGGUACCGGCGAAUAUGGAAAUUCAUUGUGGCGCAAACUGCAUUUACUUUUGCUGUUGCUACACUGAAUAAUGAAAUAAAUACUGUAAAACAUAUUUGAUUUUUAUCAUUUUAUUAUAUUAUAUAUUUUUUUAUUUUAUAUUUUAAUAUAUGUAUUCUCAUUUAAAACAAAACUCUUUUAAUGAUCUAUAAUAAUUCUAUCUCAAUUUAAUUAAUUCCAUAAUCAAUUAAUAACUUGAUAUAUUUAAAAUAACGUAUAUUGCUAAAGAUCUCUAAUAUUCAUUGAGUUAAGGGGACACCCAAAAAUAUUAAUUGGCGAGUCAGUCAGAAAGCAAUGUUUGAGAGAAAUGUGUGUAAGGUGGUGUGUUGGAAAAAGAGUUGUGUUUACUGGUUAAACCAGGCUGCUAAAUUUAAUAGUGGUGAAUAUGUGAGAAAUAGUUGAUCUUGAGUAGAUAUGUGGCCAUUAUGAGAAGUUUGUACAGAUCUGUUUGCGCAUCUUGAAGAUGCCCGCACAAGUAGGUGUGAAAGCCUCUGUUCAAUUAGGAACGAAUGCGCAAUUCCUCGAGUGCUGUCUGGUAAGACUGGGGGCCUUACCUGGGGCUCGAUUGACACGAAUAAACAGAAGGAUAUAGUAGAAAUAUAUCCUUUGUCUAAUUCGUUGAGAUGCUUACUGUUUAGCGGCAGUGGAGCGUCUGGGGAAGCCCUUACUAUUUUAGGUGACACUAGCUAGUCGUCAAAUAAAGGAAGAUAACAUGUUUGACAUAUGUAUAUAUUGAAAUGUGACAUUGUGUAAAUUGAUGUUGACUGAGAUGAUGCAAGGGAACGGAAGUUCCCCGAGACCCAUUGGCUAAGAACAACUAUGACAGGUAAUAAACCACAUUUUAAAGCGUAUUUUACAUUCAGGUGUGGGGUACUGCAAUCGAUUCACUCAACGGCAUGUUUCAAAGGGAUUUAUUUAUAUCGAUUCAUAAAAAUGUUAUGAAAAACUUAUCUAACUUUUUAACUUAUAAUAUAUUAAAACCUUUAAGUUGAAUGCUAAACCUAUCUAAUAUUCAUCCCAUAAUAUGGCUUGAAAUUUAUUGCCUUAUUUAGCUUACCAAAAUAAACAAAUAGCAGAGCAUUUAGACCGAAAAUAAUAUUAGGUUCCCGAUAAAAUGAAAGCUUUAGUUAAAAUAAACAUAUUAUGAAUAAGAUCAUUAUUUCAUAAUAAGCUUUGAUUAAUAAAAUGCUGAUGCUUUAGUGUUCAAUAUUUUCGGUUACACUCAAUCAUAAAAAAAAAAAAAAAGAAAAACGUAUCCUGUAUUUUAUGAGUGGACCUAUUGAUUAAGAAAUAAGGUUUAGUUACACAGUCAAAUCAAACCAUUUUCGAAAUAAACAAAGUUUUCGAAGUAAAAUGAUACGCGACCGAUUUUCUUUUAGUAAAUAACGGCUUUAUUCAUUUUGUAUUUUUGAUUUUAACCGUGUUAAGUGGUUCAGGAUUUAGUCGCGGAUAGUGCAGUCUUGUUUAUUUUAUGUACUGUAAACAAUUGUGAUUUUAAGUUUUGAGGUGUUUUAAUAAUUUAACUUUUAAUUUGUGUGUUUAGCGACAAAAAAAAAAAGUGGGGUAAGUUUAUUUUGUUGCUGCCUGUUUUAUGCCUUUAUAAAUGUGUAAUAAAUACAGUGGCGUGUUUGGUUUAAGGAUGGCUGAAGAAAAAUCAAUGGCUAUUCAAAAGAGAAAAAAGAUUCGUGUUAUAGAAUCAUCUUCAGAUGAAGACGAAUCGACACCUACUUCCAGCUCAAUAAACUCAACCAUGAGGGAAGAAAAUAUAAUUUCUAAUUUAGCGGGUAUGGUUGAAAAUUUGGUUAAGACAGUUGAACUGCAAACCAAGAGCAAAACGGUUGGAACUGAUGAACAAAAUUUACCAGCUAAUAUUCCACAUUUUAAUCCUGAAGAUAAGGCUCUAACCGUAGUAAGGUGGUGUGACAGAAUCGAUGAAUUGAAAAGUCUGUAUAAUUGGAGUGACGAGCGCACUAACUAUAAUGCUUUAACUAAGUUGGAAGGACUUGCAAAAACCUGGUAUCGUGGGCUGCCAUCAGUAAAUUUUACCUGGGAAGAAUGGAAACUAAAAUUAAAAACAGCGUUUCCAUCAAAGCGUGAUUUUUGCCGUAGCAUACAAGAAAUGAUGCAACGGACUAAGCAGAGGCACGAAUCGUACAUCACUUAUUAUUAUGAAAAGGAAGCCUUAUUAAAUCAAUGCAAGAUAACUGGGGAAGAUGCAGUCUCGUGUCUGAUAGGUGGAAUUCCCGACCCAGUGGUACAGGCUGCUGCUCGAGCCAAAGAUUGUCAAACACCGGAAGCUCUGCUUAAUUAUCUUAGAACUUGUGAGAUAACGCAGCCUGGUACUUCGGGACGAUUUCAAAAUAUAAACUACCGACCUAACCAACAUUUUAAUCAUGGAGUCAAACGAUUUGCUAAAAAGCCCUGGAUUCUAACUGGUGGAGUCUCUGAUGAUACUGACAAUCAUAGCGGUGAAGAUGGUGUACCGCUACCUUCAGAUUCAGAUUAGGUUGCGGGGGCGCAACAUCCUGUCAGGUUGGCCGAAUGUAAAACAUAUUUGAUUUUUAUCAUUUUAUUAUAUUAUAUAUUUUUUUAUUUUAUAUUUUAAUAUAUGUAUUCUCAUUUAAAACAAAA